AUGGCAGGCCGCGGCUCGUCAUCACACCCGUACUCCCAACCAUCUCCAUCCGCUUCUUCGACCCCUAGAAACAUCCUACAACAUGAAGCCAAUGACAAUGAUCUACGAAGACGAUGGGCGGCGGAGAUAUCCACAAGGAAUUAUCCAGUUACUGGCGCGCCUAAUAGCUUGGAUAAUUUUGCCCGUUCGUGGCAGCGGGCUGCUUAUUUUCCAGAAGUCGCUCCUCGUAGAUCCUCGUUCGUCCUCGCGUUGCCAGGUGAUGAGGAACAUGGCCCUGAUGCAUCCGUAGAUGACACCACUGCCCUUCUGCGCCAACGCUCGGCGCCUGUUGAACGAAUAUCAGAGAUCCCUUUUAGCGAGGCAGAUUAUUGGCCCAACUAUGGAACCAGGCAGGAAACUACCUACGGACGACCGCUCACGGAUGGCGAGUUCGAUGAAUCUACCCGCACUACACCGCUUCUAGGACGAAGUUACGAGGAGUCGUAUUUAACGACAGUUUCUUCCAGAAUUAGCGAGUCUGCCAGACUAAACGCUGCACAGCUUCAUAGAGAACACCAGCUCCUCGAAGCAGGUGCGGUUGUGGCGGCGGAAUCCGAUGAUGAACGCGAACCAUUCGUCGUCAAGCGCAUUCAACACGAGGACGGCUCCAAGGAAACCAUCAUUGUUGGCCAAUCCACCGUUCCCCAGACAAUUUUCAACUCCGUCAACGUCCUUAUCGGAAUUGGCCUGCUUAGUUUACCACUAGGCCUCAUGUAUGCGGGUUGGUUCAUCGGUAUCUUGCUCCUCAUCUUUUCGGCAGUAUCUACCACGUACACGGCCAAAAUCCUUGCCAAAUGCAUGGAUGUCGAUCCCACCCUCGUUACAUAUGCUGACCUGGCGUAUAUCAGCUUUGGCCCUCAUGCACGUAUCGUCACCAGCUUACUCUUCUGCUUGGAGCUGAUGGGUGCAUGUGUUGCUUUGGUCGUUUUAUUUGCUGAUAGCAUUGAUGCGUUGUUCCCGGGGCUAGGCGCCCUGCGGUGGAAAUUGAUAUGUGGUGCAAUCUUAAUUCCCAUGAACUUCGUGCCGCUGCGGCUGCUAAGCUUGUCCAGUAUUUUAGGGAUUUUGUGUUGUACUUCCAUUGUUCUGAUCAUUUUUAUUGAUGGCAUUAUCAAAACGGAGUCACCGGGCUCCCUUCGUGAUCCUGCACGGACAUCACUUCUCCCUGACAACUGGAGCGCUGUUCCACUUUCAUUUGGAUUAAUUAUGUACCUUGCUAUGGCCGUGGCCGGCUGGCUCAUGUUUGGUCCAGAUGUCAGAGACGAAAUCACAUCCAACAUUCUCCUAACGGCCGGAUAUCCCAACUGGUUAUCAGUUUGCAUCGUUGCAUUCAUCGCAAUCAUCCCGUUGACCAAAGUACCUCUCAGCACAGUCGAAUCCCUCUGUGGUCUCCACCCACCCCCGCCAAAUCCCAAUCGCAAAAACAAGCUAAGGAACACGAGUAAGCAAGGUUCGAGUGCCCUCCUCCGUAAAACCGUUCAAUUCACAGCUCGCAUCGUCACAAUCUGCAUAAUCACCUUCAUUGCCAUCGUCUUCCCGUACUUCGACCGCAUCAUGGCGCUCAUCGGCGCAAGUCUCUGUAUUACGAUCUGUAUCAUCUUGCCUGUUGCAUUUUAUUUGAAGAUCUUCGGCAGGAGUAUUCUGUUUUGGGAAAGGGUUGUGGAUUGGGUGUUGUUAGGCGUUGGUUCGGUUAUGGCUGUUGUGGGCACAGCGUGGGCGUUUAUUCCCAAGGAAAAUCUUGGGUUGAGAUGA